UAGACAUGAGAUAUUCCCAUCAAAAUGCUCAUAGAUCAUCAGCAUAUUUUAGAAUUUGAAGAUCAUGUUACUUGAACUACUUUCAGAGCUGCAAAUGCCAGGCAGCUUCCUUCUCCUCCCGACACCUGUAAUAUAUCCUUAUUCUUAACAACAGGAUAUUAAUACUAAUGUAGCUAGCAGUUAGUCUUUUUAUGAUUUCUUUUUUCGGGUAACAUAGUCUUUUAUGAGUUCUUCCCUCAUACAAUCACCUUGUUGUCCAUAAUAGCUGAGGUACUCUUGGAGUCGCUGGGAAAUGAUUUGGAAUCACACAAAUUUGAGUAGAAAGGUUAAUGGUUCUUCAGUAGGAUCAUGGAAACAUUGAAGUUAUAUGCCGUUCAUAAUACACUUAGGGGCCGUUUGGUUCCCGUGAUUAGGAUUCUACUCUCAGCGAAAGAUUUCCGUGUCGUUCAGAAGGAGGUGGCAGAACUAAUAAAGGGAAAGAUUCUUGUCGGCCAUGCUCUGCGAAAUGAUUUUAAGGCCUUGUUAUUAGGCCAUCAAAAGCAGGAUAUUCGUGACACUUCUGAAUAUCAACAUUUUCAAAGGGAAGGACGCAGUCGCGCACUUCGGAACCUUGCCACCGAAGUCCUUGGAGUGGAGAUUCAAAAUGGAGAGCACUGUCCUAUAGAAGAUGCCCGAGCUGCUAUGAUGCUUUACCUAAAGCACAGAAAAGUAUGGGAAAAGAGCAUCAAGGACUUUGCAAGACUCAAGGAGAAACAGAAAAAGCGUAAACCAAAGAAAAAAAACAGGAGUUUGAGAAGACCCGCAUCUAUUAAUGCUGAAAACACUUCCUAAUUAGAGAUGAUCACUAAAAUUAUCUCAUUGCUCGUUUACAUGCAUCGAAUUAUUGAUUGGGGUGGAGCAGAGAGAGAGAGAGAGAUGACUAACAUGGUAAAUGAUAGUUGUGGAUGUGAAAUGCUCAAAGGAAGAAUUAUAAUUAGACCGUCUCUCACUAUUAUGGUCUGCCAGAACUAUGUGCUCGCCAGACAUUAUUAUUCAGUUUCAAGAUUCAUGACAUGGAUCCACCCAAGACUGGUUCUUCUAGUGAAAAGAGGAGAAUAUCAUCUCUUUCGUGCUUUUUCACUGCAAAACUACCAGUCUUUUGUAUUUGAUUCAUAUAGCCUAAGCUCUCCUGUUUCUCAUGUGGAAUUGAACAGCCCUUCAAUAUUUGCCACCUUUUACUUUUAGAAAGGAAAUGGAACUUCAUCAGAAGUAAAAAGCUGCAUGCAAGGGCAAUUAGGAAAGAGUUACUAAGUUUUGUUGACAAUUUUGUGUAAUUGCUCACAACAUUAUCAGAGGGGCUUUUAUUUGAUUCUGAUUCAAGUUUUUGCAGAACAGCUUGUAUCAUGUAAAACAAAUUUUGGACUAUGGAGUUUUAAUGUGAUGGUAGUUGAAAAGUGGUAAUAGUCUACUUAAAGAAA